GUUAUCAAGGGUUAUAAAGCUAAGCUAUCGAGUACAAUGUAAAGCUAGUUCAGUGGAUGGAUUGAGACUUGGUUUGUGAUGGUGUCUCACGGGGAUAUGUCUCCGCAACAGCGCUCUAGAGACGUUGAAGUCGUUCUUCCUAACGAAGCCAAGAAAAAAAUCCAGGUGUAUACUCUAUGCACGGUGAGCGAACUGAAGGUCAUUUGCGAAGCAUCUUUUGGCAUCCCAACAGAAUUGCAGAAAAUUUCUCUGUUGGACGAUGCUGGGAAUAUUGAGCUCAAAGAUUGUGUUAUGGUACCAAAAGCACCUCUAAAACUACAAGUUCCAAUAUGGUGGACUAAGUUCAUUUGUUGCGUCUUGAAAAACGAAGUUGAAAAUGUGUUUCGCAGGGUGCAAUUACCGAUGCAACAAGUUGGCAAGGACGAGAGGAUAUUUGUGGCCCUGUUCAUGGGGGCUUGUUGUGGACUGGACGAUCUGGUAGUUCGGCUGGCAAAGUUAAAGACGAAUGUGAAUUUGAGUACGGCUACUGAUACGGGGAGGACUCUAUUGCAUGCGUGUGCUGCGAGUGGAAGUUUAAACUGCUUGGAUAUCAUAAUCAAACAUUUGAUGACUUCGAGUUUGGAUUCUCUUGAAAAUGUCGAUGUAAAUAAAGAAAACGCUUAUUAACUUGCGGUGAGAUUACACCACCAAGACGUGGCUGA